AUGAUCAAUGCUUUGGAAAAUGUUCUGUGUCCUAAGUGGAUUAAGCUGAAAAUGUCUGAAGAGGAUUCUAGAAAAUCAAAACUUCAUUUUGUAGAAAAAUUCAGUAUUCCAGGAGUAAUAGGGUGUAUUGAUGGAACACAUGUGGCUCUGAUUAAACCUUUUGAGAACGAGCAUCUAUUUUUUAACCGAAAAGGAUUUUUUAGCAUAAACGCAAUGAUUAUUUGUGAUUUUGAUAUGAUAAUAAGAGCAGUAGAUGCAACUCGGCCUGGUGCAAGCCAUGACGCUUUCGUAUUUAGUAUGAGCAGUGCAAAACACUAUUACCUAUCGCAGUAUGAAGCUGGUGACCGAGGGUCUUGGCUACUGGGAGAUUCUGGUUUUGGUAUAGAGCCAUUUCUACUAAUUCCAUAUAGAAAGCCAGGCCCAAGAUCGGCAGAACACAGAUUUAACCAGCAGCAUGCAAAAGCACGUAACAUCGUUGAGCGUGUUAUAGGAGUAUUAAAAAGUCGGUUUCGUUGUUUGAAAACUACCCUGCCAUAUACGCCGCAAAAGGUAGUGAAGAUAAUAAAUGUUUGUUGCGCACUACAUAACAUAUGUAGGAGUAAUCAAAUAGAUGACAUUGAAACAGAAACCGUAUUAGAAAACAAUCCAAUUGAUGAGGAAAUUGCUGAAAAUGAGGAAAACAGUAGUUUAUAUAGUGUUGGCAGAAAUAUAAGAGACUCUAUUGCUAGAAAUUUAAUAUUAUGAAACAUAAAAUUUAUUCAUAUUAAAAGUAAAUAUAUACAUAACAGUUCAAUAAGAUUCUUUUAUAUUUAUUUUUUAGUCUCUAUCUCAAGCAUUUUAGUUUUAAUAUUAACUGUUUCCUGUUGCAACUGCUCCAUUUUGAGGUAAUGUCUUUGCUUUUGCUCUAUACUUUGAGUCUUCAAGCGAUUUUGCUCUGCCAGCAAUUCAUUUUGUUUCUCAACAGCACGACGAAGUCGUCGAAUCUCUUCCCUUUCAUCUUCCUGCGAUUUUGCAAUCUUGUGUUGGUUUUCGCAAAUGUUAUCUAAAGUGGUGGAUAUUUUCUCCAUACAACUAGAUUGCGUUGCCAUACACGACUGA